AUGGCACCUCAGCAAAUCGUGGCUCUGUACAAUGAUCUCCAAAGGGCCUUCAAUACCCAACCUGCGAAUCUGCAACUAUGCGGGACUCUACUUUCAAAACUGAAGAUAGGUUUGAUUGAGACCGGUCUAUUGCUUCCACACGGAGAUGCACGACUAGAGGACCUUGUGAUGGCUCGAGAUAUUCUAGAAAUCGGUGCAUUCUGGAGCAUCCGUACGAAGGACGUACCUUCGUUCGAUCGAUACUUUUCUCAGUUACAAUCUUUCUAUGUUGACUACAGUUCCGUACUACCUCCCUCAAAGCGGGAGUAUCCAAUCCGGGGAUUAAACCUCAUCCGCCUCCUCACUCAGAAUAGGAUAGCUGACUUCCACACUACCUUGGAGAGUCUUCCAUUACCGGCAGACGCCAUCGGAGACAACCCCUACCUGCGCCACCCCGUUAAUCUCGAGCGCUGGCUUAUGGAGGGGAGUUACAGCAAGGUCUGGAAUGCUAGGGAAGAGGCACCGACGGAAGAAUACAAAUUCUUCGUCGAUAGUCUGAUGGGCACCAUUCGCAACGAGAUCGCGAGUUGCGAGGAGGCCGCAUAUGACAGUCUACCGCUGAAAGACGCCGCGACUCUGCUCUUCUUCACAACACAAUCAGAGUUAUUAAGAUUCGCGGAAGCGCGAGGCUGGAAAAUCAAUCUCGCUGAGAGUAGCAUAUCAUUCUCUCGAACGAGCGAAGAGAAGAUUGAGAUACCGAAAGAGAAGUUGAUAGCCGCGUCUCUAGCUUAUGCCCGUGAACUAGAGCAGAUUGUAUAG